GCUUCCCAUCAACCAAAUCACCCAACCCUAUCGUCUUCCUCUUGCUUGCAGAUAAGAAGGAUGUGAAUCGACCUGUUUCCAGGCGUCCUCGGAGGGAAGAAGCUGCACUCCUGCCCCCAUGGCCUCCACCACUCUCUCAACCGCUGCCGCCCCAUCUCAGCUCUCUUCCGGUAAAAAUGGCAUCUUUUCGCCAUCCCGAGCUCUUCUGAGCAGGCCCGCCAGAGGGCUGGGCUUGGGGAAGGAGAGGAUUGGGAAGAUCACCUGUCAGGCGACGAGCAUCCCCGCCGACAGGGUGCCGGACAUGGGAAAGAGGCAGCUGUUGAACCUUCUUCUUCUGGGAACCUUGUCGCUGCCCACCGCGGGCAUGCUGAUUCCCUAUACGUACUUCUUUGUGCCACCCGGUUCAGGUGGUGCUGGAGGUGGAACCGUUGCAAAAGAUGCACUUGGAAAUGAUGUUACUCUAGAUGGAUGGCUUAAGACUCAUGGUCCUGGUGAUAGAACACUUACCCAGGGUUUAAAGGGAGACCCUACGUAUCUUGUUGUGGAGAAUGACAAAACUCUUGCAACCUAUGGCAUUAAUGCUGUCUGCACCCACCUGGGUUGUGUUGUCCCAUGGAAUGCUGCUGAGAAAAAAUUUAUCUGCCCAUGUCAUGGAUCCCAGUACAACAACCAAGGGAGAGUUGUGAGGGGACCUGCACCUUUGUCAUUGGCUUUGGCCCAUGUCGACAUCGAUGAUGGGAAGGUUGUAUUUGUACCCUGGGUGGAAACAGAUUUCAGAACUGGGGAAGAUCCAUGGUGGGCUUAAGAUGCUUUCCUUGAGCAACACUUCGAACACAGCUUCUUAUACCAUAUCUCAAGGCUUCUUCAUCCCACCUUCAUCUGAUCUUGUACUAUGAACAUCCCAAAAUGCUAUAAGAACUCCUAUGGAGAAUGGCCAUGUUCCGUUCAUCAUUGCAAACAGCCUUGUUUUCUUCUUGGA